AUGCCUUUCUUCUCCCGCAACCCCUCCGUACCCAUCUUCUACCUCGAUCAGGGGCCCAAGGAGAACCCGCCCGCCACGGUCCUCCUCGUCCCGGGCCUCUCGUGCGACAUGCACGACUGGUCCUGGCAAGUGCCCUUCCUCCUCGCCCACAACCUCCGCGUCAUUUCCAUCGACCCCCGCGGGCAGGGCCGCUCCGCCGCCCCGCCUCCAACAUCCCCGCACCGCCAACCACCCGGCUCCUGGCCCGGCCCCGACGGCUCCGCGUGCCCGGCGUGGCAGCGCACGUGGCACCUGCGCCGGAUGCAGCAGCUCGACGACGAGGUGGCGUUCGGGCUGUGCUGGGGCGGCUGGGGCGAUGCGAGCGACUCGCCGGGGCGCCGCGAGGCCAGCGUCGCGGCGAACGCCGGCCGGCUCAAGUGUCCGCGCCUGACGGUCGGCAGCGUGGACUGGUACGUCGAGACGGACCGGACGCACAUGCCCAAGGGCGACGAGGCGCUGGACGAGAUCGUGCUGAUGGAGGGCUGGGGGCAUUGGUUUCAUCAGCUGAAGAGCGAGGAGUUCAAUGCGACGUUGCAGGCUUGGUUGGAGAAGAUUGGGGUGUUGCAGAAGGUGAAGAGUGUCGCGUAA